AAUUCUUUAUUAUCUGUGCUUGCUUGCGCCAUGCAGAUGAGUCGUAUCGGCUCUCCGGCAGUAAAUAUGGACGAGGAUACUGGAGCUGGACACGCAUUAAGCGACUUCCUUUUGCAACUUGAGAAUUACAAUCCAUCUAUCCCGGAUUCCGUGGUUGCACAUUACCUAAACAUGUCUGGUUUCGAGUCUCAGGAUCCUAGGUUGAUCCGCCUCAUAGCGUUGGCCUCACAGAAGUUCUUAUCGGACAUAGCCAACGAUGCUCUCCAACACUGUAAGAUGAGGACCUCCAGUCAAAUGACACAGAGUUCCAAGAACCCUAAAGGACCAAAGGAAAAGAAGUAUGUAAUGACAAUGGAGGACUUGGCUCCAGCGCUGCAGGAGUAUGGAAUCAUCGCUCGCAAACCUCAUUACUUCGUUUGAUGUUGACAUAACUCUGAUCAAUGCAGACUUGAGGUAAUUUUAUGAUUGACGUUUUUAUACUCAUCAGAUGGUGAUUAUGGUACUCGUAAAACUAUUGUAUUGUUCGACGGUUUUAAUCUUACAUGCAUAAAAUAAUACAAGAUACUUCGGCAUACCUAAUCUCAUGACACUGUUUUAUAUAAUUUGUAUUAAACAGCAUUUAUGGUCAUGCAAACUAAAUGUGUAUACAAAAUUCCAUCUCAAUCGGUUGAAGAUUCAAAAUUUUAUUUCAAGAUUCCACUUCAUGCAUAUUUUUAUAUAAGCUUUUAGAAGUCCAGCCCAAGCGUGUAUGUGACAAAAUUGUACAGUUAUCAGUACAAUGCAACGCAGUUAUGCCUGUCAGUCUAUCACCGUGGCCUGGAGGUUUUAAAAGCCGGCUUCUCGUGCCUAAAGGCCUGAAACUUAAAAAGUACCAAUGUGACUUUAUCCGAGUUAUAUAUACUUUCUAAGAUUAUUUAGACACUACUGACAAACGGUGUAGGAAAACAUCGUGAGGAAACCUGUGUUGAAGUUUGAAGUAGUCAACCUGUAUUGAGCAAGCAUAGUAGGUAAUGCUCGAACCUUCUCCGUGUGAGAAGAAGUUUUGCUCUGCAGUGGCCACUUAGGUUAUGCUGUUGUUGAUGCCUGGCAGUUGUAAAUGCAAUGUUAAAACCGUCAAACCCUAUAGAGCAUAAUUAUGUAGUUUGAUAUACUUUGUACACACGGCCACACAUCAACCUAUACAAAACCAGUUUAUCCUGGUGUCGCGUCGCAUCAUCUUUCCGCACAUUUAACGUUCAGUUUAUACUGGUUAUGUAAAGCUCGAUGUGUUGCCGUGUGUACUAUCAAAUUAGUGGACAAUCUUGAACAACUUCAGUGAUUUGACAGACAAAUAGGACCUCUAGCACACUAGCGCCAUCUGUUGAGUAAACGUUAUCCCUCGUCUGUAUAUAUAGCUCAUUUAAAUCAUAUAUAUGAGCUCUUUUCUAGUAUAAAUUCAUGAAUAAUGUUGAAGUCAGCACAUGUAUGUUUAAUUAUCAUUAUUAUAUAGUUUGUUAUUAUAUUAUAUUAUAAGCAAUAUUUUUUCAUAAUACCUACUAUUGUGUAAUAUGCGGUAUUAAUCAUGGCCAAGACAUUUCGUGGUGGGAGUAAGUUCGCGCUUUGCAUAUUAGUAUUAUUCUCAUUACAGCUAUUUCCGCGUAAUUCAAAUCGUAGAUGGAUUCGAUUUCUCGCCCCCUAAAUCUUACAAUACAAAAUUUCAAGAAAAUCGUUUUUAGCUAACUAUAUCCGAGGUCGUUGACUUGAAAUGUCAAACACCGCGCACACACAUUAUAGACACAAUUAUAGAAAAUAGGUUGCGGUCACCGGUGUCCUCGCUGUGUU